AUGCGUUAUACAAUCUUUUCCACGGUCAUUUCAGUGCUCUAUUUGAUAGGGUCUGUUAUUGCGAAUGAGGCUCAGUGGUGGCAGCCCACAAUCGAGAAUCGCCUAGAGGUUCCAAUUUAUAUUGACAACUUCGAUUUGUUUUGGGGUAAAUGUUACGACAUUCAAGACAGUUCCUCGGAGGUUCAGUGUCCUAGUAUGGUUAAAAUAGGAGCUGGAGAGGGCUACACAUUCGGCACUUCCGGACGUGCGGGUACUGCUACUGGAACUGAGGGUGCUUUUGACUUGGUACUUGAAGGCGGCGAAAAGAUCGCCACAAUCAACUUCGACUGUCCGGGGGGAGGAGGUUCAAAUCAGGUUAAUACGAACGGUCCCGUGAAUCCGGGUUAUACUGUUGCGAUUGUCGGAUUCAACGAGGGUCAAGGAUCCUUUGGGGCUCUCGGGAGCGGCUUUAUUGAGGUUAGUGGAGAGUAA